AUGCCGGCCAUGGUGGGGGACAUCAUGCAGCUGCUGUGCUCUGUGUCCGAGGAGAGGAAGAUGAAGGCGGCCUUCAAGCAGUCGGGGAAGGGCGCCCUGGUCACGGGGGCCGUGGCUUUUGUUGGCGGCUUGGUUGGUGGCCCCCCAGGACUGGCCUUAGGAGGGGCCGUCGGGGGUCUGUUAGGUGCCUGGAUGACGAGUGGACAAUUUAAGCCCAUUCCUCAGAUCAUAAUGGAGCUGCCCCCGGCCGAGCAGCAGAAGCUCUUUAAUGAGGCCUCAGCCAUCAUCAGGCCCUGCAGCAGCAGCUGCUGGCCAUGCUGGUGA